AUGCCCCUGCUACGACCAACUGCCUUCACGAGCCGCGCCGUCCAGUCGGCCCUCGCCUCGACUCCUCGUACCAUCGUCGCGCGCCGAGCUCUUUCCACCACACAACAACUGCGCGGCGGCGCCUCACACGACGACCACUUCGACCCUCCGGGCGGUAUCCUCUUCGGCGUCAAGCCCGGUGAGAAGUACCAGGAUGAGGGCUGGGAGAAGAUUUUCUACUGGGGCUUCUUUGGCAGUCUGGCCUUUGGCGUUAUCGGCUACGCAUACAAGCCCGACACCAGCAUUCAAACAUGGGCUCUUGAGGAGGCCAGAAGAAGACUCGAGGCCGAGGGUAUCCUCGCCGACCCCGAAGACGAGUAG